CAGGCAACUAUGGUGUUCUACUUCACCUCGUCUGAGGGCCACACCAUCUACAUGGGCAAGGACAAGUUUGAAAAUGAAGACCUAAUCCGCUAUGGCUUCAUGGAGGAUAUUUGGUUUCACGUCGACGACUUAUCGUCUGCUCAUGUAUACCUGCGCCUCCCUCUGGGCCAAACCAAAGUGGACGAUGUUUCGGAGACGUGUUUGGAAGAGUGUGCUCAGCUGGUCAAGGAAAACUCGAUCGAAGGAAGCAAGAAGAAGAGUGUCAGUGUCUGUUACACACGAUGGCGAAAUCUGAAGAAAACCCCGUCCAUGGAGAUUGGCCAAGUGGGCUUCAACCACCCUGAACGAGUUCGACAUUACAAAGUGGAGGAAAAGAACAAAGACAUCAUCAAGAGUCUCAACAAGACGAAGCAGGAGUUCCACCCCGACUUGGAAGAGGAGCACCGACAGCGCGAGUUGUUGUACAAGGCCGAACGGAAGAAACAGCGUCUGCAGCUGGAAGCGGAGCAGCGCAAGGCGAAGAUGGAGUUCAAGCAGCAGAAGGAUCUGCGUAGCUACUCGACCCUCAUGUCGAGAGACAACAUUGAAUCAGGCGACAAGCUGGAUGCUGCUGCUGAUCUCAGUAGCGUCAAUGCUUACGAAGAGGACUUUAUGUGAUAAAAAAAACUGAAGAUGGCUUCAACUUGAAGCUGAAGA